GGGGAAGCUGCUCGCAGGUGACGGCCGAUGCGGAGCGGGGCGCGGGCCGGGGGCAUUGCGGGCACUGAGGCCGGGAAGCGACGGAGCAGAGGAUGGGCGAGCCCGUGACGGAUUCCACGUACGUCCGCUGCCUGAGCUACGGGCUCGUGAGGCGGCUGGCGGAGUUCAUCGACCCGCAGGAAGGGUGGAAGAAACUUGCGGUGGAUAUAACCAACCCGUCCGGUGAAAGCAGAUACAGCCAAGUGCAUAUAAGGAGAUUUGAGGCAUUUGUGCAAAUGGGAAAGAGCCCCACAUGUGAAUUACUUUUUGACUGGGGAACCACAAACUGUACAGUGGCUGAUCUUGUGGAUCUUCUGAUUAGGAAUCAGUUCCUAGCACCAGCAAGCCUUUUGCUUCCAGAAGCUGUAAGGAUGCCACAAGAAGUUACAUUACCUCUUUCUUCACAGGAAACCUUGCCUAUACAUGAAAAACAACUACCUGUACAGGAAAAAGAAGUGGCAUCUGUAAAGCCUUUUUUAUCUCAGGGUACUGAGAAGCAGUAUUCAGAACCUUACUGCUCAAGUGAAGAAAACAGCCACUCACAGUCCAGUAACACAGAUUUCCAAAAUUUUUUGUUUCAUGACUUGGAAAGCAUUACAAAUAAUUUUGAUGCCAGACCAGAAUCAGCUGGAGGUAAUAAACUGGGAGAAGGUGGCUUUGGCAUUGUGUUCAAAGGCUACAUCAAUGGCAAAAAUGUGGCUGUCAAGAAGCUCAUUGCUAUGGUUGAUGUUAGUGUUCAGGACCUGAAACAGCAGUUUGAGCAAGAAAUAAACAUAAUGGCAAAGUGUCAGCAUGAAAAUUUAGUAGAAUUACUUGGUUUCUCAAGUGAUGGUGCUCAGCCAUGUCUGGUGUAUGAAUACAUGCCCAAUGGCUCACUGCUUGACAGACUUGCUUGUCUGGAUGAAACUCCACCAAUUCCUUGGAAUAUGAGGUGUAAAAUUGUUCAAGGUACAGCAAAUGGCAUCAACUUUUUGCAUGAAAAUAAUCAUAUUCACAGAGAUAUCAAAAGUGCAAAUAUCUUAUUAACUGAUACAUAUGUACCCAAAAUUUCUGACUUUGGCCUUGCAAGAGCAUCUGUAACAUUCACACAGACAAUCAUGACUGAAAGAAUUGUUGGAACAGCAGCCUAUAUGGCACCUGAAGCUCUGCGAGGAGAGAUAACACCUAAAUCUGAUAUCUUCAGUUUUGGAGUAGUCUUACUAGAAAUAAUAACGGGUCUUCCUCCAGUAGAUGAAAACCGGGAGCCACAGUUGCUGUUAAGUAUAAAAGAUGAAAUUGAGGAUGAGGAAGCAACUAUUGAGGACUAUGUUGAUGAAAAGAUGAAUGACUGGGAUGUACCUUCAAUUCAUAAAAUGUAUUCAAUUGCUGAGCGCUGUCUGAAUGACAAAAAGACCAGAAGGCCAGACAUUAAGAUGGUCCAACAGCAGCUCCAAGAGAUAAAAACUUGAUAAUGUGUUUUUUCUGAUACACCAAUGUUUCUGUAAUGGAGACACCAGUACCAAAUACCUAAUUAGUAUUUAGUGCAACAUUAUCAGUGGUUCUGCUUUCCAGAACUUUCUGGACACAUAUAAGGUGAGCUGUUGGCCUGUCAGCAGCUCUUUCACAAUAUCCUUAGAAUGAGUAUGUGAGGCUAUUUUAUACUGGGCCCUUAACACGAGAAGAGUCUUUCUUAUAUUAACAAAUUGCAUUGCUGAUACAUCAUCUUCUCCUGCAGCUUUUAAAAUGCAUUUCCAUAUUAUUAUCUAUUUGAUUAUUUUUAUUUCCAAAUAUCUAGUAUGUCUGCUGCAAAGGCAUGUGGCUGUAACUAGGCAGAAUGGUUUUUUUCUGCAAAUUGCUUUCUUGAUCAGGUGUACUAGACCUUUGUCUAUUGAAGACAAAACCAUUUAAUAGCUAUAAUGAUACUUAAUGUUGUCUUUUUGGGAAAUGACAAUAGUAUUAUCCAUUUAAAACAAACUUCUACUUAAUACUUUAGCUUAAGAGUUUAUAUUAGUGUGAAUGGUCUGGUACUGUUAAUGAACAUGAUUAUUAUCAAAAAGUCUUCUUGGUGUUAGUUUUAGUCAAAUAAAUGCUGCAAGACAUUUCCUAGGUUGUUUUUUCCUUUCAAGGAUUUCCAAGAAAAGUAGUUAAUCUUGCUGUGCAGAUGCAUUUGCACUUGCUUUCUUACAGUGAACUCUAUGAUGACAAACCAUUUAAUUUUUAUUCAUAAGAAGACUCUUAGCUACUUUGACUAUUUUAGGAAGAUGGAGUAUUUUUAGUACUUUAGGAGAGGAUUCCAUAUGGAUUAUAAAUACAGAUCAUUGCUUUUCUUAAAGGGGUCAGAAUAAUGAUGUGAAGACCAAUUUU